CAGACAUGGCAGAGCAUGCUGAGAAGCCGCCUAGAGGUCACCCUAGGCCAGAGCACGUACCUGCUUGAAGCUGCCUUCCCUUGGAAGCAUAAGAUAGAGAGCUCCAAACGAGAAUGGAAGCCACUGGAGGAACGUAGCUGCACAGACAUCCCGUGGCUGCUGCUUUUUAUCCUCUUCUGCAUUGGGAUGGGAUUUAUUUGUGGCUUUUCAGUAGCAACAGGUGCAGCCGCGAGACUAGUGUCAGGAUACGACAGCUAUGGAAAUAUCUGUGGGCAGAAAAAUGCAAAGUUGGAAGCAAUACCAAACAGUGGCAUGGACCACACCCAUCGGAAGUAUGUGUUCUUUUUGGAUCCAUGCAAUCUGGACUUGAUAAACCGGAAGAUCAAGUCUGUAGCACUGUGCGUGGCAGCAUGCCCAAGAGAAGAGCUGAAAACCCUGAGCGAUGUCCAGAAGUUUGCAGAGACGAAUGGCUCAGCACUAUGUAGCUACAACCUAAAGCCUUCUGAAUAUACUACAGCAAAAGCUUCUGGUCUUUGUCCCAAACUACCAGUUCCAGCGAGUGCACCUAUUCCAUUCUUCCAUCGCUGUGCUCCUGUGAACAUUUCCUGCUAUGCCAAGUUUGCAGAGGCCCUGAUCACCUUUGUCAGUGACAAUAGUGUCUUACACAGGCUGAUUAGUGGAGUAAUGACCAGCAAAGAAAUUAUAUUGGGACUUUGCUUGUUAUCACUAGUUCUGUCCAUGAUUUUGAUGGUGAUAAUUAGGUAUAUAUCAAGAGUACUUGUGUGGAUCGUAACAAUUCUGGUCAUACUGGGUUCACUUGGUGGCACAGGUGUGCUAUGGUGGCUGUAUGCAAAGCAAAGAAAGUCUCCCAAAGAAACAGUUAUUCCUGAACAGCUUCAGAUAGCUGAAGACAAUCUUCGGGCCCUCCUUAUCUAUGCUAUUUCAGCUACAGUGUUCACAGUCAUCUUGUUCCUGAUAAUGCUGGUUAUGCGCAAGCGUGUUGCUCUCACUAUCGCCUUGUUCCAUGUGGCCGGCAAGGUCUUCAUCCACUUGCCACUGCUAGUCUUCCAGCCCUUCUGGACUUUCUUUGCUCUUGUCCUGUUUUGGGUGUACUGGAUCAUGACACUUCUUUUUCUUGGCACUACUGGCAGCGCUGUUCAGAACGACCAAGGUUUUGUGGAGUUCAGAGUUUCUGGGCCUCUGCAGUACAUGUGGUGGUACCAUGUGGUGGGCCUGAUUUGGAUCAGCGAAUUCAUUCUAGCCUGUCAGCAGAUGACAGUGGCAGGAGCUGUGGUCACGUACUAUUUUACUAGGGAUAAAAGGAAUUUGCCAUUUACACCUAUUUUGGCAUCAGUGAAUCGCCUGAUUCGUUAUCACCUUGGUACUGUGGCAAAAGGAUCUUUCAUCAUCACUUUGGUCAAAAUUCCACGAAUGAUCCUUAUGUACAUUCACAGUCAGCUGAAAGGAAAGGAAAAUGCUUGUGCUCGAUGUAUGCUGAAAUCUUGCAUUUGUUGCCUUUGGUGUCUUGAAAAGUGCCUAAAUUAUUUAAAUCAGCUGCUUCAGGUGCUGAUAGUCUGCAGCACAGGUUUGGCUGGGAUUAUGCUGCUCAACUACCAGCAAGAUUACACAGUGUGGGUGCUGCCUCUGAUCAUCGUCUGCCUCUUUGCUUUCCUAGUCGCUCAUUGCUUCCUGUCCAUUUAUGAAAUGGUAGUGGAUGUAUUAUUCUUGUGUUUUGCCAUUGAUACAAAAUACAAUGAUGGGAGCCCUGGCAGAGAAUUCUAUAUGGAUAAAGUACUCAUGGAAUUUGUGGAAAACAGUAGGAAAGCAAUGAAAGAAGCUGGUAAGGGAGGCGUCGCGGAUGCCAGAGAGCUAAAACCCAUGGCUUCGGGAGCAAGUUCUGCUUGAACCUAGCCGACCAUUAUGGACCCCAUUAACAUUCCAAAACAAUAUAUACACGUAACUAUGUAUUUGUGUGUGUGUGUGUGUGUGUAUAUGUGUAUGUAUAUGCACGCGCGCACACACACACACACAUAAUCAGCCAAAAUCAGAGAAAAGGAACAGGGAUUUAAUACCUUUUUUAUGCUUAUUUUUGUCAAACAUGUACUCCUUUCAUACGGGUGGCUUUUACAAGGCAACUGCCGUCAUUUACUGUUUUCAAUUGUAAUUGUCUUAAUGGAAAUGUUAAGAUUCAUAUCUGAUUAACAUUUUUAAUAACUUAGAGGAGAUUUUAACUUUAGUUAUUUCAAUUAGGUAUAAUUAUUGUACCGACUUCUCUGUCUAAAGUUUCUUCAGGGGUGAUUUUCCCUGAUGUGUGCAUAAAAUUCAGAUCUUAUUUGACGGAUGCAUACGUCCUAGUGGCACGAGACUAAGCGUAUGCUUUCAGAUAAAUAAGGAAUUACUCCAAUCAGUUUUCCCCAAUCAAAGAAGCCAUGUCAUUUUACGUUUAGAAACAUGCAGGUGGGCCCGAUAUGGGAAUUUUCAUAACCACUCAUGCAUUUGUCAGCCAACAUUAAAAAGUAACCAACUCCUCAGGUAUUUGUAGUUUACCCUAAUGCUUCUAUAAGAGAGUAGGUAAAAAAGAAAAGGGUAGAUAACCUUUCUUAUGCAAACGUUUUUCUUAUCGUUUGUCUUUCUUUCAUUUUUGACUUGAGUAGCAUCCUUCACACAUUUGUGUGCCUGAUUUGAAAGGAAGCGGGAGCACCCAGCAAGUUUAGCCUUUAAGUUUUUGCGUAUUGAUCUGCAUAUUAAGUAAUGCUUGGAGGAAUCAAGAAGGCAGAGAAACCGGGGAACACAAAGCAUUGAAAAUUUCAGUGCUUGGGCUCCUGCUUCAGAGGAACUUGAGUCAUUUAGGGCUAAAUAGCCAUUUUAUUCAAAUGCGUGCUAUAAAACCUGAAAACUAACUGGCGGGUGCUCCUCUCUUUGGCAAUUUCAUGAAAUAUCCAAAAUUCUACAAUGUUUAACUGAAGGAUUGGUUAAUGUUUUGAUCCUCAAGUGUUGAACGUUUUUUGUUUGUUUGUUUGUUUGUUUGUUUGUUUGUUUUUUGGGGAAUGGGUUAUGGGGUUUUUUUGUUUUCUUUUUUUUUUUGAUUCCUGAAGCUUACCAGAUAUGAAUGGCUAAUAUUCCAUUGUUCUGCUUAUUGUAAUGGUGAAUGCUUUAAGAAAAAAACAAAAGUGUAAUUUGCUAAGAAUAAUUCAUGAUCUGUUUAUGCGAUAACUCCUUUUUGUUACAAUUUUUUUAAAAGAAGCUAUUUUUGUUAAUGUAAAGUAAAUAUUUCAGAGCAAAUUUUUUAAACUUAUUGCACUAAAUACAGGCUCUGUACAAAAAAAAAAAAAAGCCUCAGCAUUUUAUCAUUCCACGGAAGGAGAAUCUUUUGAAAGAAAGCAUUGCCUCCUACCAGAAUUAGACAGUGAAUUAGAGUGGUUUUAUGGAAAUGUGGACAUUUAAUGUCACUAGGGCUUAAUAAGCAGCUGUUUGCUAAUGUGCUUCCUUUCAAAGGGUUGAACCUUUAAAUUGCUGCAAAAGGUAAAUUGUAUUUUUUUUUUUUAGGUACCCAUUUUCUUUACUUUAAGUAGGCUAAAAUUUGCUGAAUGCCUUGGUUUCUUUUCAAAGCUCAUGUAAUAUUUCUGAUUUUUCAGAAUAUUUGCAAUAAGAGUCUGAAUUUUUUUUUUUUAACACACAAUUAAGAGCUCAUGUCUUGGCAAGAUCUGAGAAAUCAACAUUGUGAGAGUAGCUAUUUUGAAACAAUAAUUCUCCAGAAGUUACUACCAUCUAACAUCGCCAAACAGUAUCUAUACUCUUUUUUAUCAUUUGAAAGGAAUAAAUAUAAUUAUGUAACUAAUAAUUAUCCAAAUAGGUGAGAGAGCAAAUCAUCUAAGAAAAUUCAGAAUACCUUCUGUUUCAUAGCCACACAGAUUUUGGACAUUAAGAAACAUUGGGAACUAAAUUUAGGAUUGGCAAAAAUCUGGAAGAUGGGUAUCAAAACAGAAGACAUUCCAGGAGCUAGCUAUUUUAGGAGGUGUCCCUCCAAAGUGACCUGACGGAAGGCUUGACUUUGGAAAUUAGUUUCUGCUCACUCGGACAUCCCAACAUCAUGGACUGUUGCUGCUCCCUGAUCCAUAUGCUCGCAAUCUCAACUAUUUGGAACCCACCAGGAAUGCUUUCUAAUUAUCAUUUGCAACUAGAACUGUAUAAUCAGAAAGAAAUUUUGUAUUUUUGUAUAACUUGAUUGUGUGCCAUUUUAUAUAACAGGUCCUGUUUUACAAAUAAAUUUUGUUUUACUAACA